CUGGAUUCCAAAGCACAAGAUGAACUGAAAGAAGGUAUGAUGAUUUAUAAAUCAGAGCCUGGACUGAAAAAAUCCUGGGAUAAUGUCCAGAAAAUGUUCAAAUGCUGUGGAGUCACCGACAAAACAGACUGGUAUGAUGUGCUGAAUGGAACGCUGCCCACCUCCUGCUGCUCUGUGGGGAUAGAGCAGUGUGUGGACGGGUGGACUGAGCCGUGCUACCAGAAGGCCCGGCAGUGGCUGCUGGAUAACAUUCCCUCCGUCCUGGUGUUUGGAGUGUGUAUCGGUGUUGUGCAGAUCCUGGCCCUGGUGUUCUCCAUGCUGAUGUACUGUCAGAUCCUGUGCGCUGAGAAACAUUUGGACUGAGUGCAGAGGGGAAGACUGAUCACAAACACCGCCAGCCUGAUUCGAGGUGUCCACCCCCGCCUCAGGACUGUGUGGGUCACAGCACACAUGACUGCAUCUCAAACGCCCCAGAGCAUCGGCUUGAACAUUCCCAAUUUCAACAAAAAACGACUAAACGAUGGCAGUAACAGACUGAAGAGUUGUUGUUGUAUCAGCUUUAUAAAAUAUGGUUUCAUUUUAGAUCCAUCAGCCUCCAGACAAAAUCUGCAAUAACCAUAAUGCAUUGCAACUGCAGAGGAACCCGAGGGAAACACUGGCUCUAAGAUCCUCUUCAAAUUCAAGAAAAUAAUCUGUGUCUGUAUUUUACAAUAUUUGGUUUCCAGAGUUGCUUCUCUUAGAUUGUUGUCAUGAACAGCAAAUAAUAGUGUGACACUUAAAAGGUCAUAAAACAGCCAACAGGCAUUGUGUUUCCUCAGUAUGCCUGCUAGAAAGGCUUUGGGAGGAGGAGAAUAAGAACAAAAUCAAAUAAAACAUUUUUACGUAGCACUUAGUUCACUUUGCUAAUAAUUCAUGCCUUGAAUAUUAAACCUUAACCAUAUAAGCACUUUGGUCAUGUAGUGUAGUUUAGCCAUUUGAAAGUUUUACAUGUAUUUGGUAUCUAAUGAUUACAGCAAAACGUAUUAUAAAUACUUUUACAUGUGUUUUAGCAAAACAGUAAGAUAUUAUGCCUUUUAUAAUCUUGAGAGUUUUUAGAAACUUAUGGUAAUCUCCUCUACUGUUUUUAAAGAUGUUUUGCAUUCACAUUUAAAUAACAGUGUGACCUGUUGUGAGCGCUCGGUCUCUUGAUGAUCUGCAAACAAUCCAAAUGAAACUUGAGGCGUAGAUUUGACCGAGCUGAAUCCAUUCGUGUGGAUGUUCCCGACUUAAAUAAACGUAACACAAAAAGUAAGGAAAUCUGUGUUUGGUAGAUUAUUUCUUUGUUGUAACAAUGCUUCUUGACAAUAAAUCUUAUAACGUUGCAAAGCCUGUUUAUUUACCAUGGUGCCACAUUUAUGAGGAAUAUUUGUGGGAUGAGCAGCAGAGCUGAGUAUGUGGGCAUGGGACAAAUCUCCUCUGCCAAAGCCAAACAGCUUUUUCACUGUUGACUCUUGUUUGGUGUUGUUUGGAGCUGUGGGUGGGUGUGCAGUCGUGGGUCAGCAGGGUGAAGAGCAGGGGGCUGAGCACACGUCCUUGGGGGGCCCCUGUACUCAGUGUGAUGGGGUCUGAUGUGUUGUUGCCGACCCGUACAGAUUGGGGUCUGGCAGUGAGGAAGUCCAGCAGCCAGUUGCAGAGAAAGGGGCUGAGGCCCAGGUCUGUUGGUUUACAAACCAGCUGCUGGGGGUUGAUGAUAGCUAAAGUCUAUGAACAGCAUCCUAACAUAAGAGUUUUUAGUGUCCAGGUGGGUGAGGGCAGGGUGGAGAGCAGAGGAGAUUGCAUCCUCAGUGGACCGCUUCGCUCGAUAGAUGUUCCUCCACAUGUUGAGGUUCCAGUCAUGGCAGGCCUCCUAGCAGCCGUACGAGACCGGAGAGUGGCUGCUGUUUGGGAGAAGAGCUUUGUCACAUUUUUCAUGGGCGCAACCCACAUACUCAGUUCUGCUGCUCAUCCCACAAAUGCAUGUUCCUCACAAAUGUGGUACCAUUUGAAAGGUAAGAAAACAGGCUUGCCAAGAAGCAUUGUUACAAAUAAGAUAUAAUCAACCAAACACACAUUUCCUUACUUUUUGUGUUAAGUUUAUAGAGAAAACAGAGGCCAUGCAAUUUAGUCUGGCUGUUGACAUCAACUAAAACAGUUUUAAGAAAAUCACAGAUCAUAAAAAAACAAAGACGUGAUUAUAAAUGUGUGAAUUUAUAAUGCACAUAUUUAUGUGAAUUACUGCGUUGUCAUUUUCUGCUCCUCACAUCUGCUUCCCCCCCAGUCCCAUUCAUUCUUAAAGAUCACUGUCAAUAAAUGGAUGCUGCAUUGAUGA